CGUGCAGCGUCCAGUCCGACAUAAGAGUGCAAACAUUCACUGACAUUCAGAAUCUUGGCAUGUGGUUGGUCGUUACACCGACGGUGGAGAUGGUGGUGAUGGUGACGUGGCUAGUGGCGGUUGUUGCAUCCGUCGGGGGUUCGAAACGCUCACCCGGUGCUGAACCCUGCUGCCAGUCACACGAUCAGCCUCAUCCGCAUGAACACUACGCGCCUCGAUCCCAACCGAUAUAUUGGCCAUCUGUACGAGAACCACUUAAUGUGGAUGUAUAUCCUCAACGUGCACUGAGGCAUUGGGCUCCUGUUCAACCUUAUGCGAGAACAAUCGAAAAUCAGCUAGGUCCUGAUAGGAUGACCGAAGAGAACGAACGAUGGGAGUUCCUGUCAGAUUUGCGCACCCUCUUACGAGCCUUCUUUGCUAUUGACAUGAACGACCAUUAUUCGUGCAAAAAUUGCGGUUUAUCACCUCCUGUAAAUUUCAAACCAUUACAAACCUAUCAUUUUUACUCAGACGAAAAGAUAAACAAAUGUCAGUAUAACUACGUAAAAAGUAAACUAGGCGGACGAAGAAACUGCUCCAACGCCCAGUUGACGACUGAGACGACCUUAGGAACCACAUCUGAAGCAUCACCCACACCACCUACCAGUCAAAUAUUUUCGUCGACCCAGUCAACAUCUAUAAAUCUUAGCCCAAAGCUCAAAAUAGAAAACUACUAUACGGCUUUCACGCGGGAAAUGCAAUCAGGACUCUCUUCAGCAUGUCUAAACAGUAAUUUCACCGAGAAUGAAAAGUGCAUAAAAGUCUGUGACGCUUUUUAUGGCGACGAUUGGAUUUUGGUCCUAGAGAGACCGAUUAACAGCAGCACUACGUUCAACCUUCUAUGGCAAGACUACAGGAGCGGUUUUGGUAACUUAACUUCCGGGUUUUGGUUGGGUCUGGAGUGUCUGAGUAAUCUCACAAAUGAGCACAUAUACGAACUUCUCGUCGAACUGACUGACGAACAAGGGUUCGUACGUCUGGCACAUUAUUCCGGCUUCUCCGUUGGCAAUGAGUUACAGAAAUACCAGCUCAGCCUUGCCGACUACCUGGGGGGCGCAGCUGGGGACGGACUGAGCGGUAGCCGGGGCGUCGCAUUCACCACCCCGGACCGCGACCAAGAUGACCUUCAAGACAAAAACUGCGCCCUCUUGUUUGGAGGCGGCUGGUGGUACAAGAAUUGCCUAGAGGUCCGAAAUCAAAACUUCCUCACCGGCUUUGUUGGGUCCACUGAAGAAAAGCCAUCAGGUGUUCGCUGGUUCUCGAUGGAACCGAAAAUGAAAAUUUUGAGUGUGAGGAUGCUGAUCAGAAAAAACAAUGGGAGCAACGUAGCGACAGAGAACACUAACUCUGCCACCACAAUUGCCAGCACCACUACCACUACCGCCCCUAUUACCACGACCAACCUCACCACCCCCACCACCACCACCCCCACUAUCACCACCCCAACUACCACCACCACUACCACCCCCACCACCACGUCUCCAUCUAAUGAUACUUCAACCUUGAACCAAACUGUUACUCCCAUUGCUGGAGUUUCAAACUGGUAA